AUGUGUAUAAGAGACAGGGAUGAAGCUGAUGCAGGCCCUUCUGGAGACCUAGGUGCUGAUAAUUCAUCAAACAUAGAGACCAAUGAGGUAGAGCAAGAAAAACCUGAAGAAACUCCUGUUGAAGAAGAACCAAUGGAAGCAGAAUUUGAAAAAGAAGAUGAAAAACCACAUGAACCAGCCCCUGAAAGAGAUGUCACUGAAAAAGAGGAUGUCGAACCAGCCAAAGACGCACCUACUAAGCAAGAGCAAACAAAAGUGGUGGACGGCAGCUUGGAACAAACUACUGAAGAUAAACAGGACUCGGCCCAAGAACAAGUUGUACCCGAUCAAAAACCUGAAGAAUUAACAUCGACAAGAGAAUGCAAGACUGAUGAUGAUAAGUCUGUUGAAACAGCAGAAAUUGAAACUGACAAACCGACAGAGGAACCAACAAAGGAACCAACACCGACAGAGGCACCGGCAGAGGUUGAAAUCCAAGAAGAUUUAAAACAAGCAGAAAUUCAAGAAGUUUGUGAAGAAAAAAUAGCUGGGAAAGAACAGGUGGCAAGCACAGAAGAAAUAGAAAAAUUAUCAACUGAGGGAAAAAAUGAAAAUGAUGUAAAGAAUGUGGAGGACACAAGUCAACAAACAAAGGAGAAGGUUGAGGUGACAAAUGGACAAUCAGACACCAAACAUCUUCCAUCAACUGAUGCCACUGCUGUGAUUGAAUCACCACAGAAGGUCGACAGUCAGUCACCGGGGGUUAUAAGCGUUGGUACUAACUAACAGCUUUUAUGAUAAAUCAAUAGUUCAUCAUAUUUGUUUUCUUCAUUUUUUUUCCUAUUUUUUCUGUGGACUCUUAAUUUAACAAACAAAGGUAAUGAGAAAAAAAAUACUAAUUAAUUUGAUGAAGCUGGAACAAAGGAUGUUUUUGCAUGAUAUGGAAGAAUAUAACAAUAACUUGAUAAUAGUGACAUAAGAUGAUGUAGUAUUAUUUUGAUUGUGAAAUUACUUAGCAUUUUCGACUAAGCAAAACUCCAUCUUUGCAGCUGUGCCCCUAAUGAGGAGUGAAAUUUCCCGUGCUACAGUAGGAGGCCUAAAAUACAAGGUGCAUUGAUAGUAGGAUAAAUGUAUGUUUUAAAAGUGAAUUACUGAUUUGUAUUUGUGGCGAACACAAGCCAAACCAGUUAUUGCUCACAAAUUGUGUUUCGGAGAUAAUGGCCAAAACAUGUUGGAAUGUCAACAUUUUCAAAAUGUAUUUUAUUGCACAAAACUAAACUUUAUAUCUAUACAUCAUGCUUUGUUGAUAUUUUCUCCAUAUUUGACGUUACAACAACAUUUUUACGAUUUAAGGAUGGUCUUAGCCUAAGAAAGGUCCGAAAUUGUAAACUUUGUAGGCUGAUUUCUCAAAUACUGUUCUUUAAACAGCUGUAUAUUUAAACUUGGAUUUAAAUUAUUCUUUUGUCAUUUUAUAACUUUUAUUUUACUGCCUAAACCCUGUAUUUAAUAACUAAAAAUCAGAUUUUUGCAAAAAGUGACUGGUUUGGCUUGUCUUUGGUACAUUUGAAUACCUGUAAUAAUUGUGACUCAACCAACAAGAUAGGUGAUUAGAGUCAACCAGUCACGAAAGAUGAUGCAAUUCAGUUCAUAGCAUAUUGUUUAAUUUUUAAUAAUUAUUUACAUUUAUUCAGCAUUAUUCAGCAUUAUUUUACAAUCAAGCUUUAGCUUCCAAUUAACUAACUUAUUGAAUAUCAUUUUAUAAAUUGAACACUUCUGGCAAAAAUAGAAUACCACACUGUAUGUGGAAAUUUAGUGGGAGUUGUUUUUUUUUUUAUUCAAAGUUUAUUAUAAAAUGAUAAUCAACUUGUGUAUGUGUUUUUCUAAUUUGUUUUACAAUUUAUAUUUAAAAUUAAAUUUAAUUAUGACAAGCUCUGCUUGUGUUGAACUCAUUACCAUAAAAUCUAAAAAAUAUCUAACAACAUUUAACAUGAAAUUGUAAUUUGUAAUUCACUUUCAAAAUAGUUAAUUAUAUUUGUAAAAAAGAAAAGAACGAAUUUGAUCGAAGAUCAUUAUUUACUUUUAAAGCUCUUUUAAAGAGUAGCAUGUUGUUAUGGUGCUUAUCCUUUCUCCACCUUUUGUAAUCGCCUUAAAAUUACCUUUUUUUAUAACACAGUAUUGUGAUAAUGGACAUGUGCCCAUUGUGUAUGUUCUGCAUAUAAUGAUGUUAGCUUUAUCUUUUAUAGUGUGGUCAUUGGGUAUUGUCAGCAUAUAUCAAAGUGAUAGGUCAUCUAACUUGACAAAGGUAGUUAAUUUACGCAUUUUAUUUCAUUUCGUAAAAUAAUUUUGUUUUCCUUUAUUUACACAACUCGGAGUGUACUCUUUAGAUAUUAACUCAGGAAUAUAAAGCCCUUGGUAAAAGAUACAAUUCAAUCAUCAAUAAUUGUCAACAUGCCAAGAUAGAAAAUUAUCUACUAUAUUUUUUCAGCUGCCAAAAGAGGAAAGUGUGAUCAUUUUUUCUUAAAUGCUUGGAUUUGUUAAAACAACAGUUAGUUUGUCAUACAAAUCGUGGGUUUUUAUUAGAGACAUGUAGUUACAAGCAACUAACAUUCACAAAGUUUACUCUUAAGUUAUUGUUAACAGAGCCUUUAAAAUGUAUGGUUUUCGAUGGAUAUUUUGUAAAUAAUAUGUAUCGACGUAAUGGUUAUGUGUUGUAUGAUGAGUGACAAUCCAAUCACCUUAUCCGCUGUUAGUUCUCUUUACUAAUGAAAGUGGCUCUCUAACAUGCUGGCGUCUUAAUUCAUGUCGGGGGUCACAUUCAUCCAUUUAUGUUUGUUAAAAUACAACAUCCAUAGCUGUCUCUCAUGUGAUUGGUUACAAUACAGAGCAUAACCCUAUCAAGUGUUGAAAUGUAUUGUUAACACAUAUUUAAAGUCAGUAAUACAUUGAUGUGUAUCCUACCCAACUUAACAUUGUUUGACCAAACUUUGACAGUGUAUACUUUUUUUCAGUAUGGUCCUAUAAAAUCGAACAAAUUGUUUCUUAAGUCGGACAAGUCUGUUUCGUGAAAUAAAGUUUGAUCAACAAUUGUUUCGUCUGACGGACUAAUAUCUAAUAAUGUGAACAUGGCUUAAGAUGCCAGCUGUUACGAGAGUCUUUUUAAAACAUGUUUAAUUGACAAGUUUUUGGAUACUCGCCAGUUGUACAGACUAUUUUAGCAAAUUUCUUAGGAGCUUUUAUUAAUAGUUGUUGAUUAUUCGGUGUAGAUUUGUUCCGACGAUUCGUUGUGCUUGCUAUAGAUUACGUGAUUUCAACAAGUUUUGUGAUAUCGAUUUGCAUGAGGAAGUAACCAGGAGUAGUUAGAAUUAAGCUGUUUGUAUGCAAUCACCCAGAUGGACAAUUCAAAGUUGGACAAAUGGUUUAGAAAUGUGCUUUCCAAUAAAAGUUAUAUACAGUAGUUUGAAA